CACAUCUAUCCGAAACAAAUUCCCUCCUUCCCUCGUUUUCUACUCCUGCCUCCACACCCUAAACUCCCUCAUUUCCUGCAACCUUUUUUCCUCUCUCUCUCUCUCUCUCUCUCUCUCUCCACCACUCUCUCUCUCUAAAACCCUAGUCCUCUCCGAUCGUUCCACCCCAAUUCGGAUUUCAACCACCGUCUUCCCCCGCCACUCAAUGUCCAGCACCGCUGGAGCUUCUGACAAUCGCGCCACGCCACCGCUCCAACCUCCCAACCGCCCACCACUCAAACGCCACCUGGCCUUUGCUUCCACCAAGCCGCCAUUUGCUCCGCCCGAUGAUUACCACACCUUUUCCGCCGCCGCCACGACCGCCGCUGGUCCCGAUUCUAGGAGAGGCGCCCAUCACGAGCCUGAAGCUGUCGUUGUCAGAUCUCCGUUCAUAAAGCGGAAGAAUGGAAUGAAUAACAAUGAAGGAGACUCACAAAAGUGGGGUAAUAGCCCUGGAGGCACUAACGUCAUGAAUAGUCCUUUUAAAACUCCUGUGUCUGCAAAAGGGGGAAGGACACAUAAGUCAAAAGUUUCCAAAGAAGGCAGAUCAUGUCCUCCAACACCCAUCUCAAAUGCUGGUUCCCCUUCUCCUCUUACUCCUGCUAACAAUCGUUAUGACAGUUCCUUAGGUCUUUUGACAAGAAAGUUUAUCAAUUUGAUCAAGCAUGCAGAGGAUGGAAUGCUUGACCUAAAUAAAGCAGCAGAAACAUUGGAGGUGCAAAAAAGGAGGAUAUAUGACAUAACUAAUGUUUUGGAAGGGAUUGGUCUCAUCGAAAAGAAGCUCAAGAACAGAAUACAUUGGAAGGGAAUUGAAUCUUCUACGCCUGGUGCGGUUGAUGGUGAUAUCUCUAUGCUAAAGGCAGAAACUGAAAAACUUUCUUCGGAAGAGCAGAGAUUGGAUGAUCAGAUAAGGGAAAUGCAAGAAAAGCUUAGGAGUUUGAGUGAAAAUGAAAACAACCAGAAGUGCCUUUUUGUGACUGAAGAAGAUAUUAAAGCCGUUCCUUGCUUCCAGAAUGAAACUCUGAUAGCAAUCAAAGCUCCUCAUGGAACUACACUGGAAGUCCCUGAUCCUGAGGAAGCUGUUGACUAUCCACAGCGAAGAUAUAGAAUCAUUCUUAGAAGCACGAUGGGUCCCAUUGAUGUCUACCUUAUCAGUCAAUUUGAAGAGAAAUUUGAAGAGAUUAAUGGUGCUGAGCCCCCCAUCAGUCUCCCACUUGCUUCAAGUUCAGGUUCCAAUGAGCAGCUAGUGACAGAAACGGUUCCUACUGAAUUCAGUGGAAUAGGACUUGAGCCUCAAGCUCAGCUCUCUUCUCAAGGGUACUCUGAUCUGAAUGCUUCACAAGAGUUUGCUGGUGGCAUGAUGAAGAUUGUCCCUUCAGAUGCUGAUAAUGAUUCAGAUUAUUGGCUUUUAUCAGAUGCUGAAGUUAGCAUAACAGAUAUGUGGAAAACAGAUGCUAGUGUUGACUGGAAUGGAGUGGACAUGCUUCAUCCUGACUUUGGCUUGGUUUCGAGGCCGCAAACUCCAUCAUCUGGGUUUGCUGAAGCACCACCCACAGCAGCUAACUCUAAUCAGAGGUGAUUCUGAUUUGUCUAUUAGUGGUAUAUCAGAAAAUAUGGUUUGCCUAUCAUCCAUUGCACAGAGGGAAACUGCUUCAAUAGAGUAAUUGCUAGCUUUGUGAAUGUUGAGGAUGCUGUCAGGAGCUGUGUAAAUGUCAAGCAGGGAGUUUUUGCUGCACUAAAUCAUUGACUCUGUUAUGAAUAAACUAGUUAUGAUGGACAUAAUAUGCUCAUGGAGGAUUUAGGUUGGAAGGUAGGGAAGCAGGGACAAGUUUUAUUCAGAAAAUGUUGCUACUGUAUGAUUGGAAAGCAGGCUCCAUAAUCAACAUAUGGUCAUAUUAUUAGCCAUAAUUGAAGUCUGUGGCAUCGUCGGUUCAAUGUUUUUGAAGAUGAGAGAAGCUAUGUAGAUGCUGUGACUUCAAACAAUCUACAAGGGUGGACUGGAUAUUGUUAGGAGAUGAACACCUUAUUAUUAAAUUAUCAUUCAUGCAUUGUAAACAUUUGAUAAAUAUUAUGCGAGUAAAAUUAUGUCAAUUAUUUUCCCAAAUUGCUCCAAUGUUUUCUAUUUUCUUCUACUCUUAAAAUGAAAUAUGUCGUUUGAGAUA